AUGAUUGGGCUUACUAAUGAGUUAAAACAUGGUGCAGAAAAAGGCCACAUUUUGGAAUUCUCACAGUCUAUUCCCGAAGUCAGGGAAUUUGAAGGUAGUGGUGAUGAGGAGGAGGAGAAGAAAGAGAAGGAAAAAGACAGAAAAGACACUAAAGAAUAUGUUGAAGAAGCAUAUGAAGAUGAGAACCAGAAAUCAUAUAAAUGGUCCAUGAUGUUAAGUAUUGCACAAGAUUUCAUCUACAGUAUAAGUGGAGGUUUACACAUAACAAUGAACUUCCUAAACGUGCUGGGGCAGCAUACUCAGGAUUCUGGAUUGUCGAGUGUGUGGACUGGAAUUUUAGGUAGACAAACAAUAGAGCAUGUAAUUGCUGGUAAAGAUUGUGCAAAAGCCACUCAUGCUCACAUGAACACUCUACAGGCAAUGUGGCAACUGUCAUUACCACAGCUUCUGAGCUAUCUACAGAAACAUGACAAGAAACUCAACGAAAUUUUUUUGGAUUUUGCAAAAUCUGAUGCUGCAGAAGACUACAAUAACCUAGUGCGUAUUCUGUCAUCAGCAAGUUUCUAUGACCAGAUGUCAUCGUUUGUGCUAAGCAACAUGGACAACUCAGUUGUGAAAGAUUCAGCACAUUCAAAUUAUGAAAGCCCAAUACUAAAACGAAGCCCUGACAUCACCAAAUCACCACUGACGAAGUCAGAACAACUUCUGAGAAUAGAUGACCAUGAUUUCAGCAUGAGACCAGGUUUUGGAGGUCCUGCAAUUCCUGUGGGAGUAGAUGUACAAGUUGAGAGUCUGGAUAGUAUUUCAGAGGUGGAUAUGGACUUCACCAUGACCCUUUAUCUGAGACACUACUGGAAAGAUGAAAGACUGUCCUUCCCAAGCACCAACAACCAAAGCAUGACAUUUGAUGGCAGGCUAGUGAAAAAAAUUUGGGUUCCUGACAUGUUCUUUGUACAUUCCAAGCGCUCCUUUAUCCAUGACACCACCACUGACAACGUCAUGCUACGGGUCCAGCCAGAUGGGAAGGUACUUUAUAGCCUCAGGGUCACAGUAACUGCAAUGUGCAACAUGGAUUUCAGUCGCUUCCCCCUGGACACACAGACGUGUUCACUGGAAAUUGAAAGUUAUGCCUACACUGAAGAUGAUCUAAUGCUGUACUGGAAGAAUGGGAAUGAUUCCCUAAAAACGGAUGAGAGGAUAUCGCUAUCCCAGUUCCUUAUACAGGAGUUUCACACCACCACAAAGCUUGCCUUUUACAGCAGUACAGGGUGGUACAAUCGCCUGUACAUUAACUUCACUUUACGCCGCCACAUCUUCUUCUUCUUGCUGCAAACCUAUUUCCCUGCCACUUUGAUGGUCAUGUUGUCCUGGGUGUCUUUCUGGAUUGAUCGCAGAGCUGUACCUGCCAGGGUCCCUUUAGGAAUAACUACGGUACUGACCAUGUCUACAAUCAUUACUGGUGUAAACGCCUCCAUGCCUCGAGUUUCCUACAUCAAAGCUGUGGACAUUUACCUCUGGGUCAGUUUUGUGUUCGUCUUUCUCUCAGUAUUGGAAUAUGCAGCAGUGAACUACCUGACAACGGUGCAAGAGCGGAAAGAGAGGAAACUGCGAGACAAACUUCCUUGUACUUGCGGACUACCUCAGCCCCGGACCAUGAUGAUGGACGGCAGCUACAGCGAUGGGGAUGUGAAUGAACUGGGACACUAUGUGUCUGAGAAUGGAGAUAAACAAGACAGAAUGAUGAUGCAGCUGACACUUGGUUCUGAAAGGAGUUCAAGCAGGAGGAAAAGCCAGAGAUACGUCAGCAUGCGGAUCGACACCCAUGCCAUUGACAAGUAUUCCAGAAUAAUAUUCCCAGGCUCAUACAUUUUAUUUAAUUUGAUAUACUGGUCCAUUUUUUCAUAA